AACGAUGACAAUCGGGUACACUUUCCAAGCUGGAGCGAGUGGCCACUUGGUCACAACAGAUACCAAGGUGAUUGAGGCAAAGGCAAGAUUUUCAAAGAAAGGGGUUCAGACAGAAAAAAUCGACGAUUCGAAUCUGACCUUGCUCGUCAAUGACAUGAGCCAAGCGGCGCAGUCAUUCGCGAACGAGCAAGAGAUCGGUCACGCUGCUCAAGGUAUCAGCAGUGAUUUGCCGAAUAUGAGGAUCAGGAUGACCUUGCAGGAUCGUGUCGUACUCUGCCAGGGCGGAAGCUACCGGAGGGCCACUUUGGUUAUCAUAACGGCUACUGGACUCCCAGAGGAGCUCUCCAGAAAGAUCGCGAACAACGUCAUCGCCAUGUUGUAGUUUGAAGUUUGAAGUUUAUUUCCUUUCUUCAUUACAGAAAGAGGAAACAAGAGCUAAAGGCCAUUUGGCCUGACAGGGGCUCUUGCUCCUAAGUGCACAUUCAUACUAUUAAUUAAACACAUUCAUGCUCACCCACACCACAGGCGGUGACCACGGCGGGGGGGGGGGGGGGGACGCAGCAGUGCCUCCCCGAGUGAUGCCGUCGUCAACUCCCCCCACCUAAAGUGUCGUUACCAGAGUUACCCAUAUUUGACAUUUAUUUUGAGUUGCCUCUACCUCUUCAGAUAAAAUUUUAUUGUGUGUGACUAAAAGCUUAGUCGCAAGUGUGCGCAUACGUGCGACGAUAGGAGGACAAGCGCAUUAGA